AUGCCACCUUUUGAGUAUGAUCAAGCACUGAGACAUGGUAGGAGGAGGAGGAGGAGGAGGAGAUUGGAUGGGGGAGGGGGAGAAGGAGGAUGUGGAGAUGGUGGUGGAGGUGGAGGUGGAGGAGGAGAUGGGAGAGGUAGGGGACGUAUGAGAGGCAGGGGUGGUCACCCAUUGCGACUUGCACAUGGGCCAUUGAUACAGGCAUCAAGAACAACAACACCAAGGGGGAGAGUGGAGGGUAGAGAAGGUUUAGAUAUGGGUGGUGAUGCAGGUGUAGGAGGUGCAGAGAUGGGUGGGGGUGGUGAGGAUGAAUAUGUUGCUAUGGAUGCGGGGCAUGGAGCGACAAGUGGAAGAGGAUGA